AUGGAAUCCCAUUCUGUUAUGGAAGAUAUCCUGGGAGCUGCUCGGCGUUCUCACAAGCAGCCCCAGGAAGUGAAGAAUGGAUGGUAUCUACAUUACCUACCAAAACAUCAUGAGGAUGAUGAUGAUGAUAGUGAUAUGAUAAUUAAUGAUGAUAACAUUAAUUUAAUAUGUGUUCAGAGAGGAAUUGAUGGAGUAUUCAAAGAGCUAGAUCCGAAUGUGGUAGAUAACCCAACAAUUGGUGGUCUCCAAGUCGAUCAUCAAAAUCAUUGGGUUGAUGUGAAGCCUGAGAUAGGAGCUUUUAUCGUUAAUAUUGGUGACUUAAUACAGCUGAUCACUAAUGACAAAUUCAAGAGCAUAAAGCAUAGAGUUUUGGUUCCACAAGAGACCAAGUCUCGUGUAUCACUUGCUUGUCUUUUGACUCCUGAUGACAAGCACAAAAAAAUAUGGGCCAAAAAAGGAGUGUCUAUUGGAUGA